GUCAGGGCUACUAUAAAACUCUGCAAUGCUUUUAAACUCAUCUGCUGUGUGAUCCUUCUAAAAAAUCGCCUACAAGUGAGAGGCAACAUUUACCCCUCUCCUUCGACAUUUCACCCUCUCCGCUUUACGCAAUGUAGGCCUAUCCAUGAAGAAACUGUAAAGUGUUAAAUGUUAAAAAUACCAAUUCGCCGAAUUUCUCAUGCUGAAAGAGGACUCCGCAACUCGCGAGCGCGGCUCUGGUGCGUCUGUGCAGUAGACUCUGAAAAGAAAACUAUUAAUUUACAGCUGGGAGCUCGUCGCUGCAAAAAGGACAUUGAAAACCUAUUUUUUCACUUUAAGACAAAUACGUUUAAAAAGCAAACUGGCUCACGUUCUUCCAAACCAACCCAGUUUGACAGCUGCUCUUCACCCCCUUUGGAGGACUGUCGGCAGCAAGAGGAUGGCAUCAGAACUGGCAAUGAGCAACUCCGACCUGCCCACCAGUCCCCUGGCCAUGGAAUAUGUUAAUGACUUCGAUCUGAUGAAGUUUGAAGUGAAAAAGGAGCCGGUGGAGCCCGAUCGCAACAUCAGCCAGUGCAGCCGCCUUAUUGCCGGGGGAUCCUUGUCUUCCACACCGAUGAGCACGCCUUGCAGCUCGGUGCCCCCUUCUCCAAGCUUCUCGUCGCCCAGUCCGGGGUCGGGGAGCGAACAGAAGGCACAUUUGGAGGAUUUCUACUGGAUGUCCGGUUAUCAACCGCAGUUGAAUCCGGAGGCGCUGGGCUUCAGCCCCGAAGACGCAGUUGAGGCGCUGAUCAACAGCAGUCACCAGCUCCAGUCCUUCGAUGGCUAUGCUAGAGGGCAGCAGUUUGCCGGCGGAGCCGGAGGAGGAGGCACCAUGGGCGGGGAAGAGAUGGGCUCUGCCGCGGCUGUGGUGUCCGCAGUUAUCGCCGCCGCAGCAGCCCAGAACGGGGGUCCCCACCACCACCAUCACCACCACAACGGCGGCCACCAUCACCAAUCACCUGGUGUCUCGUCCAACGGCAGCUCCGGAGGAAACCACCCACACAUGGGACAUUUGGACGACCGGUUUUCGGACGACCAGCUGGUGGGCAUGUCGGUACGGGAGCUCAACCGGCAGCUACGGGGAGUCAGCAAGGAAGAAGUGAUCCGGCUGAAACAGAAGAGGAGGACCCUAAAGAACAGAGGCUAUGCGCAGUCCUGCCGCUACAAGCGGGUGCAGCAGCGGCACGUCCUGGAGGGCGAGAAGACGCAGCUCGUCCAGCAAGUCGACCACCUCAAGGCGGAGAUCUCCAGGCUGGCCCGGGAGAGGGACGCAUACAAAGAAAAAUAUGAGAAGCUCAUCAGCAACGGCUUCAGAGAAAAUGGAUCCAGCAGUGACAACAACCCUUCCUCCCCGGAGUUUUUCAUGUCAUCCAGAAAAUUCCUCCAUCUGUGAUCGAGAGCCUCGCACCUCCCUGCCCUUGGCCUUGAUGUCUGAGAUAACCUGGCGACUGAACGCUGAUGACUUAAGAGUGACUGAUCAAUGGCUUGAGGAACCCCACAAAGCACAACAACAUCUAAAGAUGACUUCACUGGAGAAGAAGAAAAGAAGCCCUACAGAGAAAUGCUUCAGAGCCUCUUCCUACUCCCACUUUCCUCUCCGCUAUUUUACCUCCAGCUUUUUUGUAACAAAAACAAAACACUGACUCAAAUGAUGUAUCAAGAUGAUUGACAACAUCAGAAGAAUAUUACUGGAGAAACCAUU